CGUAAGUAUUUCAGUCUCCCAGUUUAGAAUACCUUGUAUAGUUGUUGCUGCGUUGUCCCAUUUCUUUUUCCUUGCUUCGUUUGUUUGGACUACUAUCCUUGCUUGGGACCUGAGUCGAAGCUUUGCAGCAAGUAAGAUGAAAUCGUUUUCAUCUAGCUCAUUUGGUCGUAAGAUGGUAUCUUUUCUUGUCAUUGGAUGGGGCACCCCUCUCGUCUUUGUCUUGAUCACUUUGGUACUUCAGUUCGGAGGAUUCCAGAAUGGUCCUUUCUUGGAAUACGACAGUAAUACAUGCUGGCUUACCAAACUUUCUAGCAUAGUAAUGUUCUUUGUUCCAAUGUCUGUAUGUCUUCUAUCCAAUCUCGUGUUUUUUAUCAUCACGGUACAUGGAGUUCAUUCUACCAAGAAAACAACAUCGGUGCUAAAAUCUGGCCAGGAAUCACAAUUCAAACAAUUGGCUGUUGAGCUCAGAAUAUAUGUCAAGAUCUCAGCUCUUCUUGGAUUCGCCUGGUUAUUUGGGUUCUUAGCUAUGGUCAUCAGAGUCCCCUUCAUGGACUAUCUCUUCAUCAUCGUCAUCAGUCUCCAAGGCGUCUUCAUUUUUAUUUCAUUCGGUACCAACAAACGAGUGAAGAAACUCUGGCGAACAUCUUCGCAGAAUUCAUGGAUGUGGACGACUCAGGCUGUCUCGGAGAGAGUUUUCAAGCGCUCGUAGUAGUACUGGAACACAAGUUGGACGCACACAAUGUAGUGAGAAACAUUAGACACUAUUAAAUAUACAUGGAAGGAAGAAGGAGCAGAUACUGACCGUAAGUUGCUAAAGGGGAAAGGGUAGUAAAACGGCAGGUACAGUUCAUACUCGUCAACACAGAGAGAGGGAGUAAGUGAAGGGGUGGCGUGAAGAUAUUAUCGAUUAAAGGGAGUGUUGAGUUUUCGGUAUAGAGGGCGCUACACAAAAUAUUUGUGUGUGUCAGGUAAUGUGUCUAAUUUGAAAGAGCAUACAAUUUCAUUAACCAAAUCAUCUUUGUUUGAUCAAAAUCGUAUAAAAGACGGCUAAAAUAUUAAUAAAUUUAACCAUUUUUGGGGCCCCACAAAAUAUUCAAUAAUUUUGAACAGCCGUUGAAAGAACGAUAUAGCGCCUUAUACGUUUACUUCCAGCCAAUGCCAAUGUUGGCUUUAUCGUCUUAGGUUAUAAUAUGCACAACCAGCCGGCCCGUGUAUUGUUAUUAUUAUUAAAUUAGCAGUCACCGUAAUUUAUUUAAAUGCGGAGCUGAAUUGGUAUGAUCGGAUUAAAUUUAAAUUUCACACAGGUUGGGGUCUAAAAUUACCUUCAUAGCAAUUUUAGGCCCCAAAGGGGGACUCGAAAUGUCAUAAAUAGGAAUAAGAGCAAUCAUAACCGUGCACUUCGAAGGUCUUAAUUGCGGUCUUAAACGAAAACCCAACUGUUCCUUUAAGAGCUCGUAUCUUGCGAAGUUGCGACAAAUUCGAAUAGCAUUCGCAAGGGAGUUUCUAAAAAUAGAAAUUAUCUCACAAAUCUUCUUUCUAAAUAGUCACAGUCGUCGCGUGUGUCUCGAAACCGUCCCGACCACUUCUCAAUAGGUCAUUUUCGUAAUGUAACGAAAUGAAUGCAAUGUCAUAUGUUUUUUUUUAAGUGACUCGAUACGAAUAAAUGUAUCUCAAUAGUCAGGGAUUUCAAUUGCAUACAUCAGUUGUUGCUAGGUAGAACAAACAUUAUGGUUUACCCUAUCUAGCAACACAACGAAUAUGCAAUUUGCGUUCUGAUUAUAAUUGAAAUACAAUUAUUCGUAACAUUUCACGUGAAUGAAAUACUUCGUAUCGAGGCGCUUCACAAAGGCAUAUGCCUACAUUUGGUUACAUUACGAAUUGGUUUAUUUGUUUCCGAGUAUGAGAAAGUGCGAGAAAGUGAGACAACUUUGUGAGGGAUUCCAGUUGGCAACCUAAUAAUUAAAUUGUGACGUAUUGGAAACUAACUUGACAAAAAUAAUAAUCUGCCAUUCCUGGUGCGAAAUGCGCUGUUAGUGCAUUCAAAUUGGGGUUCAAAAUAACUAAUUCUGUACAAAUGUUGAUAUCUAAGACGCUUUGAGACUAAAUCGCUGACCCCCAAAAUGAACGACAUUCGCACGAAUGGCACACCGCCCCCCUCCCCCCACUCAGUGUUAUUUAGGGUACUCAUAUGCUUGUUCCAAACGACCCC